AAGUUUGUUCACUUAACUGACUCUAUAAAUAGUUGUUUCAAGUCAAUGUUACAGGAAUCAGUAACAACUUGAGUAAUAGGUACAUGGGAUACAGGCUCCUGUGGCUACAGGCUCCUUAGUUUAGUGAGAAAAUGGACAAACAGAACAAAUAAUUCAUAUCUUUGUCUUGCCAGAGGUAUGAUGAAAAGUCUCACAUGGACUUUAUGCGUGGACUCCUUGCUGCCAUGGGCUUUGAUUGUUCCCGACGUGCAAAGUCUACUGCACAGAGCUCGCCAGCAGAGGUGACAGUGGCACAUGUUGCCAAGAAGGAGAGCAGCCCUCAGAUGUGUAGUCUUUCCCUGGACCUCGACCCACCGCACUGCCAGAGCUGUAUCUCCUACGAGGCUCGGCUGCAGCGCCUGGUCUGCGGACACUUCUACUGUGACCAGUGUAGGGGCCACAUCAUUAACCAGGCUUUCAAGGACAUCGAGGGCCUCUCGGACUACCCCUGUCCUAUGUGCAACUCUAUCCGUCAGCUGGGAGGCACAGUGCCUGAGCCACAGCUCCGCAGUAAUAGCACCCCCACUGUGUCUGUGGGCUUCAACGAUCCCUCCUCCCCCACAUCCUCACCUUAGCUCUGUUAAUGCAGGUCACCAGGGAAGAGGAAGAAAAGGACACUGGGACUUGAAGUAAGACAGUAGAAAGGCCCUCUGUCUGUUUUUCCACUAAAACAGACUCCAAUCAGAGAUUCUGGACUUUUUCACGAGGAAGUGUGCUCCAGCAAAUUACGCUUUUCUUUUAAUUAUUUCAUAAAGGAUGACAUUGGAAUCAGU